AGUCGUGAUUUUCAUGUGUUGUCCUGCUAGAUCCCUCAUCUGCUAUAAAUAGGUGGAUAGGAUAAAACUCCUUACUCAACAAAAAUCAAGUACCACUAAAAUUAUUCGAGUAUGGAUGUUUACAAAGUUAGUUACCUUGUUCUCCUCCUUGUAUUUGGAAUAAUUCUGCUUGUCAGUAAUGUCGAACAAGUAGAAGCCGAGACUUGCUCGAAAAAAUGUGAUGAGAGAAUUUACUAUGAGAUUUGCCCAGGAGUAAUUCGUGACAUAUGCAUUAACUGUUGCGAAGGGAAAUUGGGUUGUGCUUAUUUUAGUGGUAGUGGAGAUCUUGUUUGUAAAGGAUCGAAAACAGACACAAGCAAAGCGGAGGAUGAUAAGCUAGAAGGAUGUAACUAUAUCAGUGAAUUAGAAACUGUCCGUUGUAUGGAGCCAGAUGCUGUCCAAAAAUUCACGAGGUUACUAUAUCAGUGAAUUAGAAACUGUCCGUUGUAUGGAGCCAGAUGCUGUCCAAUAAUUCAAGAGGUUGUUGUUUCCUAAUAAAUAAUCUGAACGUACUAUAUAUAUAUAUAUAUAUAUGAUCUGUCAUUCAUGUAAUUUGUCAUAUGGUGCAGUGGAGCUUUCCACAGCUGUGUACCCUAGUUUUCAGUGUGUUUAAUAAUGAAUGGAAGAUGUUUUUAUCUA